AUGUCCGGCAUCCCGAAUGUACCGACGCGCAUUGUGCCCCGAACCAAAGGCCUGAAGGAGUCGGGGUCGUGCUUUGACACGACCGAAGUCGCCCCCCGCAAGAAAAAGUAUGAGGAGACGCCGACGGACCCGGACAUGAUCCGCGCCUUCUCGCUCUCCAAGCCCAUCAAGCGCGAGACGACCGACCAGUUUUUGAAAAAAGGCGCGGGCUACGGCGGCCACGCCGACACGGAGCGCCUCCAAAAGCGCGAUGGCGCCAUGACGCCGUCGCCGCGCAAGGAGCGGCACCAGCCCGGCGCCUUCCGCGAGCGGCCCAACCCGCCCGACACGUCGUUCCGAAAGUUCUACGAGCGCGGCGAUUUGCCGAUUCAGAUCGACCACGGCGGCGUCAAGAACCUCGUCGCAUGGAAGGUUGACAUUACCAAGCUCGACUUUCACCACUACCUGCCCAUCUUUUUCGACGGCCUGCGCGAGAUCGAAGAGCCGUAUGCGUUCUUGGCCGAGCAAGGAAUCAAGGACAUGAUGGUGAACGCGAGCUCCAAGGUGCUGCCCGUGAUCCCUCAGCUCAUCAUUCCGAUCAAAAAUGCACUCAACACGCGGAAGGCGUCGAUCAUCGUCAAGACGCUCCACAUCCUGCAGCUCAUGGUCACGUGCGACAAGAAGCCCGGCCAAGACGGUUUCGCGGCCGGCGGCCUCAUUGGCCAGGCGCUCGUGCCCUACUACCGUCAGAUUUUGCCGAUUCUCAACAUUUUCGUGCGCAAAAAUGACAAUCUCGGGGACGGCAUCGACUAUUCACAGCGAAAGCAGGAGAAUCUCGGCGACCUCAUUCAACAAACGCUCGAGGUCUUUGAGCUCAACGGCGGCGACGACGCUUUCAUCAACAUCAAGUACCUCAUUCCGACGUACCAAAGUGUCUGCAUUGGCUAA